AUGGCCACCGCUGCUCCUCCCGUGCCCAAGCUCGAUCGAUAUGUCAUCAUUCAUAUGGCCACCACCUGCGAUGAGCAUGGAGUUUUCGUUACAAAAGAUUCUGCCGAAGUCAUUGAGCUUGGGUGGAUUUUGCUCGAUGCAAAGACCUGCGAUGAGAUAUACCGGGAAAGUGUGCUCGUCAAGCCCAUCAAUACACCCAUCACCCCACUGUGCACCAGCCUCACCACCUUGACUUGGGAGCAUGUCCGUAAUGCCGGGUCCUUCCGCGAUGCAGUGGCUCGUUUCGACCACUUUGCCCAGGAGCAUCUUAUAUCCAAGAACCUCGAGUUCUCCUUUGUCACACUGGAUGCCUGGGACCUGCGGGUCCAGUUGCCCCGAGAAGCUCGCGACAAGUCAGUCGUCCUACCAGCUUACCUGCAGCAUUCCCGGACCUUCGACCUGCGCUCAGAAUACGCCCGUUGGCAACAGCACCAUCCAGAGUCCCUCCCAUUCGGUCCCAGCUCACUAGCAAACAUUUGUGCUGCCCUGGAGGUGGAACCUGUGCAAUCUUCCGCCCCAAUCAAGCACAACCUGCCUUUUCACCUCCAAGCCCUGGCUCCUGCCUCCCCGCGUCGUGCCAUGGAAGAGGCCGUCACUCUUGCCAGGGUUCUGCGAGGCCUCAUUCGGAAGUCGCAGCCCGCCCAUGACCAUCCAGAAAUCUUGACUCGCCCCAUGGACGCAAGGGCCGACGUCAAUGCCUUCUUGAAGGAGCGUAGCAAAGUUCUGCACAUGAACGGUUUGCCACACGAUACAACCCAGUCGGAACUUGAAAGCUGGUUUACGCAAUUCGGUGGUAGACCAAUCGCCUUCUGGACUCUUCGUACUCCGGAUCAGCACAAGCCUACUGGGUCUGGUUUCGCCGUCUUUUCAUCACACGAAGAGGUAUUUCCCACCCUAUCUUUCUCAGAACCUCCCUGUCUUGACUCAUCAUUAUUACUUGCCCUCCCUCAUUGCUUGAUCUCACCAUCACUCCCACUUACAGGUUCUACUACUAACGCAAUGACUUCACUACAGGCAGCUGAGAGUCUCUGUAUGAACGGUCGCGCUCUCAACGAGAAGGCCAUCGAGGUUUCGCCUUCCUCAAGCCGAGUCCUCGAUCGUGCCGCCGAAAUCCUCACACCAUUUCCUCCGAGUAAGAAUCGUCCUCGACCUGGUGAUUGGAACUGCCCAUCCUGCGGAUUCUCAAACUUUCAACGCCGCACUGCUUGCUUCAGAUGCUCGUUCCCAGCCGCGAGCUCAGGUGCUGCCGACCCAUACAACGCUAAUGCUUUUCCCUACCACCACGGCUAUCCUCCUUAUGGAGGUCAUCCUCCUCACAUGGGACACCACAACCAUGGCCAUCACCCGAGAGGUGGAGCAGGCGUUGUGCCAUUCCGUGCUGGUGAUUGGCGUUGUGGCGCUGAAGGUUGCCAAUACCACAACUUCGCAAAGAAUAUUAACUGCCUUCGCUGCGGUGCACCACGAUCAGGUGCUGCUGUGGUGGUUGACUCUUCAUUCCCAUCGCCCAUGGGCCCGCCUUCAGAGUUUGGAAUGGGGCCUCCAUCAAUGCAAGGUACUCCUGGACCAGCUCCUUAUGGUGCCGGCGCUGCUGCUUUCGGCUCUGGUGCCGCAUUUGCUCAGCCACCGAACCAAUAUGGUAUGCCCUCAGGCAUGGGUGGCCCGGGAGGAGCCUUCCCUCAAAUGGGUGGCAUGACUCCUGGAUAUGCAUCAAGUAACAUGUCUCACUCUUCAUUCGGUCCAGCGGCUCAGGCUGCUUUCAGUGGAGCAGCUGAUACAGCUCCUCACAACAUGCCAGGAAACGGCCCUCAAAAUGGCUUCUAUGGCAACGAACCUAACGCCGAUCCUUUUGCAUUCCUCUCUGCCGGUCUAGGCAAUCUUAGUGUGGGUGACGAGAACCAGCCUCCGCGCCGCAACGGUGGUCCACAAAGCGCCAAAAGCCCUGCUUAA